CGUAGUGUAGGGGUGGCUCGGGCUCAGCCUGCGGUGUCCGGUUCGGCCGGGAGGCUGUGCCACCUUCUCCCCGGACCUGUCGCCGGCGCCUCGAGUGCGCGGCGCUGCAGAGCGCCCGGCCCGGCGGCGGCAUGAAGCCGAGCAGGAGGCGCCCCCGGGGCCCGUCGUGCCGCUCGGCCUCUGGGGCGGCGUCAUGGGGAAGUCUCUCUGGAGAAAAGCAAACCCUAAAAUGGCAGGCCAAGGAAGUAAUACAGACUGCAUGUCGUGUAGUAUACUGAGCUGGGAGCAGGUCAGCCGUUUGCAUGAGGUUCUGACAGAAGUUGUUCCAAUCCAUGGCCGGGGCAGCUUCCCAACCCUGAAGAUAACCCUGAAGGACAUUGUUCAAACUGUCCGCAAUAGUCUGGUUAAGAUUGGUAUCCAAGUGCAUGAUGUCCGGCUGAAUGGUUCUGCAGCUGGUCAUGUUCUAGUCAAGGAUAAUGGGCUAGGUUGCAAGGACCUGGACCUUAUUUUUCAAGUGUCUCUUCCAAGUGAGGCUGAAUUUCAGCUAGUCAGAGAUGUUGUCUUACGAUCUCUCUUGAACUUCUUGCCAGAAGGUGUGAGCAAGCUCAAGAUCAGUCCAGUGACUCUGAAAGAAGCCUACAUCCAGAAACUGGUGAAAGUGUGUACGGAGUCUGAUCGCUGGAGCCUCAUAUCGCUUUCUAACAGACAUGGCAGGAAUGUGGAACUGAAGUUUGUUGACUGCAUACGUCGACAGUUUGAGUUCAGUGUGGACUCUUUCCAAAUCAUAUUGGACUCCUUGCUUUUUUACUAUGACUAUUCUGAAAAUCCCAUGUCGGAAGGCUUCCACCCAACUGUGAUUGGGGAAAGCAUGUAUGGAGACUUUGAGGCAGCCUUUGAUCACCUCCAGAACAAACUGAUUGCUACCAAGAAUCCAGAGGAGAUCCGAGGUGGUGGACUCCUGAAGUAUAGCAAUCUCCUGGUAAGAGACUUCAGGCCCAUGGACCAGGAGGAGAUCAAAAUGCUAGAGCGCUACAUGUGUUCACGCUUCUUCAUAGACUUUCCAGACAUCCUGGACCAGCAGCGCAAGUUAGAGACGUAUCUUCAGAACCAUUUUUCCAGAGAAGAGAGGAGCAAAUAUGACUACCUCAUGACCCUGCGGCAGGUGGUGAAUGAGAGCACUGUAUGCCUCAUGGGGCACGAGCGAAGGCAGACUCUGAACCUGAUCUCUCUGCUGGCACUCAAAGUACUGGCAGAACAGAACAUCAUUCCUAGUGCCACUAAUGUUACCUGUUACUACCAACCAGCACCUUAUGUCAGUAAUGCAAACUUCAGCAACUACCAUAUUGCAAACUCUCCUAUUUCCUAUAGUCAGUCUUACCCUACCUGGCUACCUUGUAACUGAUUUCUAACUCAAGUAUUUCUUAAUGGAAGUUUCUGAAAGGCAAGAAAUUGUAUGGGUAGUGGGAACUACCAAUUGGCUUAGGGGGCUAUCUGUUGGGAAUGUGUGGUUUUGAUUUCUUAUUUCCUUGAAGGCAGCAUGACACUACUACCAAACAGUUUGCAAAGUUUUUCAGUACUCCCUGCACAAAUGCUGCAAGAAGUCUUACUGUCUCUUUCAAUUGUGGGAGGGGCCUGUGCCCUCAAAUUGGAGAAUUAAUUACUAGUUGUGAAAACUAUGGCAGACUUGUAUCCAAAUGUUGUAUAUAGAAGACCAAGUAACAGCUGGCUAGUUAUGGAGAGGAAACAGCAAAGUUUAAUAUACAGAACUAUCUGAGCUUGGAACAGCAGCAGAAAUCACUUGACUGCUUGAUCCCCUUGUUUCAUCAGGUCACAGUCCCUACUCCUUCCAUCUAAAUUCUUGUAAUCUUUCCAUACAACUGUACUUAGGUGAGCUGUCUUUUAGUAGUUCAUGCAGUGCAUGAACUGCAUGUACUCUUUAGCCAUAUAGAACUAGCCUAUGUAUGGACAUAACUUUCUUUCACUGAGGGCCUUGAUCAUGAAUGGUUUUCAGGAACCAAUCGAGCAGUGUGGCUCAUCUAGAGGAGCAACAGAUUGCUUUCUUAAGUUAAGGUUAGACUAACAAAUCUCCCUGAAGUUUGAGCUAGCUAGAUACCAGUCUUGAGCGCACAGAUUUGGAAGGUAGCUUCUUGCAGUCAAAAGAAAAACAGUCCUAGAACACACAGUGAAAUAUAUUCAAGACUGGAGUCCUUUGGCGGGGGGGGGACUUUAAAAAACAAAACGAAACUAAGUACUGAAACUGCUUGGGGCAAUGUUUUUGUGGGGGGGGGGUUGUUUAGUGUUUUUGUUUUGUUUUGUUUCUCUCCCCCCCCCUUUGAGACUGGCACAGCUCUGUCCUAAAAUUAAUCUUAUUAUUCUUUCUCCUCACAAGUCUCUUAAGGCACAUGGUGUUUACUUCAUCUCUAGUUAUAGGGUGAAGAUUUCUGGGUUUGUCAGAUUUGUAAGACUUCUGGGUAUUGAGUCUUACAGUCUUAUCACAGUCCAUGAAUAUUCACCACAGUGACUCUUACAAAUGGCUAUACUCCUGUACAACUUCAAGAAGGAUUUGAAGGUCCCCUUCAUUUAUCACUUAAUCUCAUGCUUGUUUCCUGUCUUAAACUGAAUCUUUUUUUAACUUAAUUGACAAUAGCACUUGGGCAUAUUCACAGCACAAGAUGAUGGGUGUGUAGCUUUUUUGUUUUUGUUUCCCCCCAAUCCCAAGAUGUACUCCAUUUCUUUCUCUGUCUUUGCUGCCUCUUGAAAAUAAUCUAAGUGGUAGACCCCUAAGACAGGGCUCAACACAAAGAGAGAAACCUACCUCCAGACCCAUGUCUCCAAAGAAGAGAGCUACAAUGUCUGGAGAGAUAAUAGUACAUUUCAUGAAGGCAAGGUUUACACCUGAUCCUUGAUGAAUUUCAUGUGGUAAAUACUAACUUGCCUUUUUUUUUUUUUUCCCUUUAACCUCCUGCACCUUAGUCAGGGCAACAACACCCUAAUUAUAUAGGGGGCUGGAUAGUGAGGUCUGAAGCUUACUGGUGCAAUGGCAUAUAUGAUCUAUUUUAAUUUAGUAAAAUACAAUAAUUCAAAUGGAGUUUAGUAGAGACUGGAAAUAUUGGGCCACCUCUUCACAGGAAGGGUAAGACUUUAGCACUUACUGAAGUACUGUCCAAAGCUAUCUGCUAAUCCUUCUAUAGUUUUAUACAACUUUUCAGCUAUCUAUAACUUGCAGUUACAGCUGUGUCCUGCUCCUUUGAGCCUUGUGGUGUUGUAAUAGCAAAUAUUGAACAAAGGAUUUUGGGUUCCUUGCAGGAUACAGUAAAGAUGGAUAAAUUCAGAUUUUCAAGUAAAAGUUUAAUAGGGGGUGGGGGCAUAGAAGGCCUUCUCAGUUGCAAUUACAAGGCAUGCUAGAAUAAAAUUCCUUUAAUGCCCCAUCCAUGACCAGACCAAAAACUUCUUAAUAUACUGAAAGCUUUUGGACUUCCUUAUAGACUCAGUAAGGUAACUUUGGAUUGUCUAAAAUGUGAGACUUGGUUCUAAAUUGGACUUUUAUGGCUGAGAUUUAGUCUACAGAUGACUAGGCAUAAGUGCAUACUAGGGAGAAAAAUCAUGGCAAAGGAUGUUUCAACUCAGGUUCUACUCUAAGUGGUUUGACUUGCAAAAAUGUGUACCAAACAUCUAGCUUCUUCCUUUUGAAAGCACCUAACAAUGGCACAUAGUACCUGAAUAUGUUGUACAUAGAAACUGAGUAGCCUCCUUCUGAAGCUUUUAACUUGUGCUUGAUUUAUUUUCUAGAUCAGGAUUUUCUUUCUGUUAAGAAACAAAAGUGACUUAAUUUGAAAAUUUGCUGACUUCCUUUAUAAACUUAAGACAGAUCAGUUUUGACAAUCCUGAUAGACAAACUUCAUACCUGGGCAAAAGAAGUGACUCCAAACUGAUGCACAGAGAGAACCCGAAUUCGAGCAAUAUUGGGUACUGUAAUGUUGCUAACACUCAAGUCUAGUACCAAGGGAAGAAAAGGGCUCAGACAAAAAUAACAUUAACUGUCUGUCUUUCAAAUGGCUUAUUAGCUUUACAACAAUAGGCAUCGAAAUGUUUUCUUUAGAGUUUCAACCAUUUAACACCUGCUGGAGCUUCAUACCUAUAUCAAGUAGUUUGGAGGGAUGCAAUAGUUAGACCUUAAGACUCCUUCCAUUUACUAGGCACCUGAAUGAAGUGGCCAAAUGCUUGAAGUUGUAGCUUUUGCUAGAGCGUUUGAGUCCUGAGAUGUAUGAAAAAACUCGAAUCCUAAAUCUUUAGUCUAUCCUGCAGCUACCACAGAUCAGGUCAGUGCAUCUAUCAUGAAGUUGGAAUAAAAGGGUGUGGGGCAGGAAAGGGAGAAGGCUGUUGGAUUCCUGUUCCUCUCUGUAGUUGCAUGAUUCUUUGGAGCGCUGAAGUAGUAACUGGAUUGUGAGUUUCGGAGAAGCUUCAUACUGAAUGCCUUCUCUUGCUGCAUAGCUUCUUGAUGGUGGUCUCCUUAAGCUUACAGACACUUUACUGUUAGACAAUACUUUUAACCCUUUACUUUGAGAUGCUUUUAAGUCUGGAUGCUUAAGUUUUUAAGCUCCUAAAGCAAUAUCUAACUUUCUACCAAGCUGAUCGCUUGUACUCAAUGUGUUUGGAUAUUGCCUAUUGGAUUGGCAUUAAUCAUGUUUUAGCAACCCCUUUCCCCCCCCCCCCCCCCCCCCCCCCUUUACUUCUCUUCUGUGUUAUGUCUUCCAUACUAGUCCUGGCUUAGGACUCCAACUCUGGCACACACUCCUAAGCUGCCUUGCAUAAUAGUGCUGCCAGUAGUCUAAUUCUUCUCUCUUUCAGAAGUAUUCUUGGCAGCUCAGUAUUUCAGGUGUCUGUGGCUUAUCAUAUAUGUCCAAAUUAGCUUGUUGUACUUCCUCUUUAGCACUAAGUAACAGGAGAGUGAGUACUAGGAAUAGUUUUAAGUUGCAGCACUAAUCUAAACUGAAGUAGCUCAUUCCAUUAACACUUAUUUAUUUGCAUUAAUGGUGCCUCUGCAAAAAGGCUUUGUGGGUCCAUUGCAUGACUAUGAAAUGGAAGUUGAAGGUAGACUAAGAGCCUGAACUGCCUUCACUUUUAUUGCUGGGUGUUAGAAGUUAAAGGAGUACAAGCUUUCAAAAAAUUGGGAAUAUGGAUAUCUGUCACCAACCAGUUUUGGACUGCAGGGUAGUAUUUCAUUGAAAUGUCUGUUAGGCAAGGCCUCAUUGAAGACUAAAAGUUUGAUUUGCUUCCAUCUCUUAAGAACAGCACUGGCAAGUGUUUCUGCCCCCUCCCCCCCCCCCCCCCCCCCAAUCUUAGACUAAAUAAGGUUACUGUUAGUGACCUGACCGUUCUGAGCACAGAAACUGGGUUUCAGCCUAGUUGCUUUGGUUUUUGAAAGUCUCCAUUUCAAGAGGGUAGGUAUGCCAAAUGCAAACUUCUGUUUGGGGCAGUAGCAUUUUAGCUAACCCUAACUUGGGGAGAGAAUAAUAAUACAUUUCUGAGUUCAUGCUAUUGGUAUUCUUGAGCCUCCAGCCUUGUAAUGAGGGGAGCAGGUGGUGACUUAACCAAGUUCUAUUCCCAUAUUCUCUAUCUCUUCUAGUGUUCAAAUGCUGGCUUACCUAACUUGACAAAUGGUCUACAUGCUUAAACUUUAACCUCCUAGAGGAUGAAAAUUUAAUGGAAAUUACUUGUUUGCUCAUUAAUAGAGAAGAAACCUGUUGCUGGAGACUAGUACUUGGUAGAUACCUGCUUCCCAGACUUCAUGGGGAAGUGUAUUUUGCUUGCCUGUUGAAUACCUGCUGUAAUAACUUCUGAUUGCCUCAUGUGGGCCACAGUUUUCCUUUGGAAAGGAGCUUCUUGGGCUCAUAGUCUUAAUUUGCCUUUUUAAGUUUAGUCUAAUUCAUAACUUCAGCCUAUCCACUUGCUUGGGAUAACACCCAUCUCCUAAUGGAGCAUGUACUAGGCAGUACUGCUCUUCCUUGUGUAGGGUAACAAGAAGCCAAUUCAUGGUACAAAGCAGAUGGAAAUGCUUUCAGUUUUGGCAGUGUUUGGGAGUAUUAAUGGUUUUUAAACAGCCAAAGUCUUAACCAGCACUUCUCAGUAGUCAAAAUGCAUUAAGUAGCAGAUUUCUCUUAGACUAAGGGCUCUUAACAUGCAAAGCUGGGCUGUAUCUAGGGAAGGUAGAAAGUCGCAGCACUUAUUUGUACUUCAUAUAAAUUGCAGGUGAAAAAGUCACUCGCUAAUAAGCCAUUUAAAAUGAGUUGUGGCCGUGGUUGGCUCUUUUUUCCUUUUCAUUAUUUGAUGAAAGCUAUACUCCUUGCUGAGGAAAGGUGUGGAAAUAAUUUUUCCCUAUUUUGUUGUUAAUAGCAAACCGUUUUCUAGAAAACUUGAGUGGCUUUUGCUGUCCUCCCCCCAUCCCAAUAAUGCUGGCAGACUUAACUGGCCAUUGGCUGUUUUCGAAUGUGCAUAUAACAAACCCAAACAGUGAGAGAGGGCCUAUGUUUGUAGGAGUUGUUAUGGUAACUUGCCUAAUACAAUGCACUGUGGUAUCAAAACGGAUUAAUCUGGUUGUGUUAAAAAGCUGGGAGGGGAAAGUAUACCUUAAUGACUUGGACAAAUUAAAAAAAAAUAAACUCUAAAGACAUGUUUC